AGAGGCCUCCGGGAACCCGGAAGUAAAGCUCGCCGCCAGCCUCACUCCUCCCCCCUCCCUGAGCUUUUUCCCGCCUCUACUUCUUAGCCAGCCCUGGAUCUCCCUCCGCCCGGCGCCUCCAGCCUUGGGACCUGGAGGUCCUCCAACAUUAGAGAUGUGAAGGGAUGCGCCAGCUCACAGUUAUGUGAAGGAGAAACCAUGGACAGGAAGGAGGAAGCAUAGAGACAGGAAGUGAGGCCUUACAGAGACGAGGCUAGACAAGCUGGAAGAGCUUCUCCAGAAGGACACGCUGAGGCUGUUUUGCUGCCUGCACGGGAAGCCUGGGGUACCCGGGAUGGUCUUGGAGAGGGACAGACUCCCAGCCCAGGAGGUGGUGACAUUCCAGGAUGUGGCUGUGGAUUUCACUUGGGAGGAGUGGCGCCUCUUGUCUCCUCCCCAGAAGGAGCUGUACAGGGAGGUAAUGCUGGAGAAUGCCCGGAACCUGCUCUCUGUGGAAAGAGAGAUCAGACCUGAAAUGAAGCUGACUGCAAUAGAUUUGAGCCUCUCUGUGGAAGAAAUGAACCUACAAAGAUUCAUGGGUGAUUGUCCCGAUAACUUUGCUUUUAGGGAAUUCUGUGUUGCACCUCAAAAUUCAUCUGAUAUUGAACAUCAAGGAAUUCACCCUGGGGGAAAAUCUAGUGAAGAUAAUCAGUGCGGAAAGACUUUUAUGCAAAGGGCCAUUUGUGUGGGACAUCAGAGAAUGCACUCUCUUAAGAAACCUUAUGAAUGCAAGCAAUGUGGAAAGACAUUCACCUGUUACUCAGAUCUAGCUAGACAUCAGAGAAUCCACACUGGAGAGAAACCUUAUAAAUGCAACCAGUGUGGAAAGUCAUUCAGUCAGAGGUCCAGUGUUGUUGUACAUCAGAAAAUCCACUCUGGGGAGAAACCUUAUGAAUGCAAGCAAUGUGGAAAAACAUUUCGUUGGAACUCCUAUCUUGCUAAACAUCAGAGAAUCCACACUGGAGAGAAACCUUAUGAAUGCAAUCAAUGUGGAAAAACAUUUCAUUGGAAGUCCAGUCUUGUUAAACAUCAGCUAAUCCACACUGGAGAGAAACCUUAUGAAUGCAAAAAAUGUGGGAAAACAUUUAAUCAGAGUUCCCGUCUUGCUAUACAUCAGAGAAUCCACACUGGGGAGAAACCUUAUGAAUGCAACCAAUGUGGAAAGAGAUUCUCAGAGAACUCCAGUCUUGGUGUACAUCAAAGAAUCCACACUGGGGAGAAACCGUAUGAUUGCAUUCAAUGUGGGAAGCGUUUCAGACUGAGCUCACAUCUUGCUGUACAUCAGAGAAUCCACUCUGGGGAGAAACCUUAUGAAUGCAACCAAUGUGGAAAGACAUUCAAUCGGAGCUCCAGUCUUGCUGUACAUCAGAAAAUCCACUCUGGGGAGAAACCUUAUGAAUGCAACCAAUGUGGAAAGACAUUCAGUCGGAGCUCCAGUCUUGCUGAACAUCAGAGAAUCCAUACUGGUGAGAAACCUUAUGAAUGCAACCAAUGUGGAAAGACAUUCAGUCAGAGCUCCCAUCUUGCUAGACAUCAGAGAAUCCACUCUGGGGAGAAACCUUAUAAAUGCAACCAAUGUGGAAAGACAUUCAGUCUAAGCUCCAGUCUUGCUGAACAUCAGAGAAAACACUCUGGGGAGAAACCUUAUGAAUGCAAGCUAUGUGGAAAGGCAUUUAGUAUGAGCUCCCAUCUUGUUGAACAUCAUAGAAUGCAUACUGGGGAGAAACCUUAUGAUUGCAAGAAAUGUGGAAAGACAUUUAGUCUGUGCUCCCAUCUUGCUAGACAUCAGAGAAUCCAAACUGAUGAGAAACCUUAUGAAUGCAACCAAUGUGGAAAAACAUUCAGUCGGAGCUCCAGUCUUGCUGUACAUCAGAGAAUCCACACUGGGGGGAGACCUUAUGAUUGUAAGAAAUGUGGAAAGAUAUUCAGUCUGCACUCCCAUCUUGCUAUACAUCAGAGAAUCCACACUGGGGAGAAACAUUAUGAAUGCAACCAAUGUGGAAAGACAUUCAGUCGAAGCUCCAAUCUUGCUGAACAUCAGAGAAUCCACUCUGGCGAGAAGCCUUAUGAAUGCAACCAAUGUGGAAAGACAUUCACUCGGAGCUCCAAUCUUACUGUACAUCAGAGACUCCACACUGGGGAGACACCUUAUGAAUGCAACCAAUGUGGAAAGACAUUCAGUAUGAGCUCCAGUCUUGCCGGACAUCAGAGAAUCCACUCUGGCGAGAAGCCUUAUGAAUGCAACCAAUGUGGAAAGACAUUCAGUAUGAGCUCCAAUCUUACUGUACAUCAGAGAAUCCACUCUGGCGAGAAACCUUAUGAAUGCAACCAAUGUGGAAAAGCAUUCAGUUGGAACUCCAGUCUUGCUGUACAUCAGAGAAUCCACACUGGAGAGAAACCUUUUGAAUGCAACCAAUGUGGAAAGGCAUUCAGUCAGAGGACAAAUCUUGCUGAACAUCAGAGAAUCCACACUGGGGAGAAACCUUAUGAAUGCAACCAAUGUGGAAAGACAUUCAGUCGGAACUCCCAUCUUGCUGUACAUCAGAGAAUCCACACUGGGGAGAAACAUUAUGAAUGCAUCCAAUGUGGAAAAGCAUUCAGUCAGAGGACAAAUCUUGCUGAACAUCAGAGAAUCCAUACUUGGGAGAAACCUUAUGAAUGCAACCAAUGUGGAAAGACAUUUAGUAAGAGCUCCUAUCUUGCUGAACAUCAGAGAAUCCACACUGGGGAGAAACCUUAUGAAUGCAACCAAUGUGGAAAGACAUUCAGUCGGAACUCCCAUCUUGCUGUACAUCAGAGAAUCCACACUGGGGAGAAACCUUAUAACUGCAACCAAUGUGAAAAGACAUUCAGUCAGAGCACCUAUCUUGCUAAACAUCAGAGAAUCCACACUGGGGAGAAACCUUAUGAAUGCAACCAAUGUGGAAAGGCAUUCAGUCAGAGGACAAAUCUUGCUGAACAUCAGAGAAUCCACACUGGGGAGAAACCUUAUGAAUGCAACCAAUGUGGAAAGAUAUUCAGUCUGAGCUCCUAUCUUGCUAGACAUCAGAGAAUCCACACUGGUGAGAAACCUUAUGAAUGCAACCAAUGUGGAAAGACAUUCAGUCAGAGCUCCUAUCUUGCUGUACAUCAGAGAAUCCACUCUGGCGAGAAACCUUAUGAAUGCAACCAAUGUGGAAAGGCAUUCGGUCAGAGCUCCUAUCUUGCUGUACAUCAGAGAAUCCACAGUCGGGAGAAAACUUAUGAAUGCAAGAAAUGUUGAAAGACAUUAAGGCAAAGCUCAUACCUUGCUCUACAUCAGAGAAUCCACACCAGGGAGAAACUUUAAUAAUAGAAGAUAUGUGGAAACAUGUUCACAUGCAGCUCCAGUCUUACUAUUGUGUGAAGGAAAUUUACCCAACACCCCGCCCCGUCUCUGGGGUAGUAUAUACCUUGUGUGAGCCUGAACUUGAUGCCAGUGAGGAUUAUGUGAUGGAAUCCAUUGAGUGAGGAUAGAAUGGCAACAAGAAAAAGGCAGCAAUAGAGUUGAGAUAUCAGGAGAUGACAACAAGCUGAUAUCCCAUGCAGUGCCCCCUGGACUGGCCCCUGGCCACACUGGCAAAAAUGAUAGCCAUGGUUGGCUCCUGGGAUGAGAUUUGUAAGUUAGUGGUGUAAAAAUGGAGAUUUUGAUCCCUAGACUUCAAUCCCCAGAAGUCCUUGGUGUUUCCCUAAAUUCCCUAUUAUCUCACCUCAGUCUCCACCUGGGUGAGAUCACAAUGAAUAUUUAAUUGCCAUUCUGCCUCCCUCUCACUGGGCCAUUGCAAUAAUGGGUUAAGUAAGCUAAGUGCAAGCACUCUGAAUUGGCUAAUUAGCCCUACCAAGUGGUUUCUUAUUUUGUGUUUUCUUUAUUCCUUGAUUUCUAAUAAUCCUUAAUAAAUCUCACAAAAUACAAUAUUUUAAUAGAGAUAUUUUAAUUUUUUUAAAGAUAGCCUAGAUAAUUUUUUAAGCCACGUUUCUCCAAGGCUUUUCAGCAAAGCCUCUUGAUGUACUCUCACCUGCUGCCUGUUUGCCUGCUUCUGCACUUGCCUCAUUCAUCCUCUUUGGACCUGCUUGACCCAGAGUGCUCUCCUCGUCCCAACCUGCUUCUGCCCUGCCCCAACUGAUCUCCAGCCUCUCAACUAGAUCGCCCCAGCCAGCCUCAGGACACAGACUUCUAGUAGCUGCCCCUUGUGUCUUCGGAAUCAAAAACCAUCCGGUUAAACUGGGGAUGUCUUUUCCUUAGGCUAUAAUUAGCCUCCACAUGGCAGGGAACCACAUGGUGGUGGAAUGAGGAGAAGGUAGCGACUUUUCAAAACGGGAAGUAUGGAGUAUUCUAUGAGAGAGCAGUGCAUCACCUAUUACAAACAGCCUCUAGUUUUACGAUGUUUUUUGUUUUGUUUUGUUUUUUUGAGUGCACUGAUCCUUUCAUUAAUCUCACCUGAAAUUCAGGAAAGGAAUUCAUCUCUCUGCAACUCUUUGCCAUUUGGGCCUGCCUAAUUUGAGAUUCCAAAAACCCACCCUCACUAUAGGAGGGCAGCUGGGUGGCUCAGUGGAUUGAGAGCCAGGCCUAGAGAUGGGAGGUCCUGGGGUAAAAUCUGACCUUUGACACUUCCUAGCUGUGUGACUCUUGGCAAGUCACUUGACCCCCAUUGCCUACCCCUUACCAAUCUUCUGACUUGUAACAAAUCCCAUAGUUCUGAUAAAUAGUAUCUCAAGGGUUAAAAACAACAACAAAAACCCUAGGAACCUUAAUGAGACUGGAGAUUAUAUUUUAAGGCAUUUCAGACUCCAAAGUUUUUUUAAAAAUCUCUAUUUUAUUGCAUUUUACUGAUUGUUUUGGUUUUAAGUUCAUAUAUUAACUAUUCAAUACUAUUCUGUUACACUGAAUCAUUUUAAUGUACUGGUUUUUAACUACUGUUAUAUUCUUUUGCUUUUCACCUAUAACUACACUGAACAAAUAUUGAAUAAGCCCAUAUAAAAACAACUUUUUUCUA